UAAGGUCUCAUGAAAUGCCCCCUAUGAUCUGUAGGAGGCUGUGAAAAUCUUAUUUUAUCCACCAGUAUUGUAUAUUUUAACCUUGUAUAAUGAAAAAGGUGGAGAUGGCAGGAUUACAGCCAACCAUAGACAUUACAUGUGGUCUGGAUCUUCUGACAAUUUUCUAGUUAUGUAGACUGCUGGUAGGAAUAAGGAACUAACAGGUUGGAUUUAUACAGGAGACCUGCAGAUAUUUGGGUCAGAUAUCUUCUGCUGUCCAGUCAUUUUUGGUUGUCAUUCUAAUUACUGAUCUUCCAUACGACUUCUCCAACCGUCUGAUGACUUCUAUAAUAUAUGUUUCACAGCUUGUGAAUCUGGGUGAAGAUCUGAACAAUAUUAAUCCUACAGAGACAUAUGUGAGGUGUGAUGAGCAGAGUAUAAAGGACAUUCCUACAGAUAACCGCCCAGAUGACUGCACCAGGAGCUCAGAGGGACAUGGGAUAUCGUCACAACAUACUAUGACUCAAGAUGUAUAUGAACAGCACGUCAUUAACCCAGAUGUAUCCUCAGACUUUCACAGCAAAGAUUCAUCAUCUGAUUCUUUUCAAUGGACCCGAUCUUCUGAUUUAUCACAGACUGUUAAGCAAAACAAAGAACACAAAAGGGGUGAACAUCAAAGACGGGAGCAGCAAUUUUCAUGUUCAGAAUGUGAAAAAAGUUUUAUCCAGAAAUCAGACCUUGUUAAACAUCUGAGAAGUCACGAAGGGCAGAAGCCAUUUUCAUGCUCACACUGUGAGAAAUGUUAUAGCUGUAAAUCAAAUCUUAUUAGACAUCAGAGAAUUCACACAGGGGAGAAAACAUUUUUGUGCUCACACUGUGAGAAAUGUUAUAGCUAUAAAUCAGAUCUUGUUAGACAUCAGAGAAUUCACACAGGGGAGAAGACAUUUUCAUGCUCACACUGUGAGAAAUGUUAUAGCUAUAAAUCAGAUCUUAUUAGACAUCAGAGAAUUCACACAGGGGAGAAGAUGUUUUCAUGUUUAGAAUGUGGGAAAUGUUUUCACAGUAAAUCAAAUUUUGUUAGACAUCAGAGAAUUCACACAGGGGAGAAACCAUUUUUAUGCUCAGAAUGUGGGAAAUGUUUUAAUUAUAAAUCACAUCUUGUUAGACAUCAGAGAACUCACACAAGGGAGAAACCAUUUUCAUGUUAAGAAUGCAGGAAAUAUUUUACCCAGAAGCAAGAACUUGUGAUACAUCUGAGAAUUCACACAGGGGAGAGACCAUAUUAAUGCUCAGAAUGUGGGAAAUGUUUUUAUCGGAAAACACAUCAUGGUUACCAUGAGAAAACUCAUACAGGGAAAAGGCCAAAGCUUUCAAGUUGCAGUCCGAGCAAGGGAAUUUCAUUUUAAGCACUAAAUGAUGAUUGAGAAAUCUAUGUAAUUACAAAUAAAUGUCUUAUUCAAAAGCAUAUAGAAACUUAUCACUUUGCUUUUAAGAUGGUGCAGAAAACAACAUGAAAAGCACAAAAAACACACAUAACUAAACACUAUGUAUUGUAGAUUUUGGUGUGAAAUGUUUGUGUAUUUUAACAACUCAGUUAUAGUCCAUGGUGAAACCACAAUACAGCAAUUGUGGAUCCACACAAAUAAUUGACUUGCUAUGAAUUUUUGAAGCCACACCACAGGUCAAAUUCCGUGUGUACAAAAUACGCACAGUGGUAUAUGAUAUUUGGCAGGUGUCAUUGAUUUUGU